CAUGCUCUGCUCACCGCAUCCCGGGGUGCACUGACCAUGAACCUCAACUCCUCCCUCGACUACAGGAAGGAGCUGAGCAACCUCACUGCUACCGCCGCCGCCACCGCCGCCGCCGCCGAGGGUGGUGAAGGGGGUGUUGUGACCGAGUUCAUCGCCAUCAUCAUCAUCACCGUCUUCGUCUGCCUGGGCAACUUGGUCAUUGUCGUCACCUUGUACAAGAAGUCCUACCUCCUUACCCUCAGCAACAAGUUCGUCUUCAGCCUGACCCUGUCCAACUUCCUGCUGUCCGUGCUGGUGCUGCCGUUCGUGGUGACCAGCUCCAUCCGCAGGGAAUGGAUCUUCGGCGUGGUCUGGUGCAACUUCUCUGCUCUCCUCUACCUGCUGAUCAGCGCGGCCAGCAUGCUCACCCUCGGGGUCAUUGCCAUCGACCGCUAUUACGCUGUCCUGUAUCCAAUGGUGUACCCCAUGAAGAUCACAGGGAACCGGGCUGUGAUGGCCCUUGUCUACAUCUGGCUCCACUCCCUCAUUGGCUGCCUGCCGCCCCUAUUUGGUUGGUCGUCCGUGGAGUUUGAUGAGUUCAAGUGGAUGUGUGUGGCUGCGUGGCACCGGGAGCCCGGCUACACUGUCUUCUGGCAGAUCUGGUGUGCCCUGUUCCCCUUUCUCAUCAUGCUAGUAUGCUAUGGUUUCAUCUUCCGUGUGGCCAGGGUCAAGGCCCGGAAAGUGCACUGUGGCUCGGUGGUCAUUGUGGAGGAGGAUGCCCAGAGGGGUGGGAGGAAGAAUUCCAGUACCUCCACUUCCUCCUCAGGCAGCAGGAGGAAUGCCUUUCAAGGUGUGGUCUAUUCAGCCAACCAGUGCAAAGCGCUCAUCACCAUUCUGGUGGUCAUUGGUGCCUUCAUGGUCACCUGGGGCCCCUACAUGGUUGUCAUUACCUCAGAGGCACUCUGGGGGAAGAACUAUGUCUCCCCAACCCUGGAGACUUGGGCCACAUGGCUGUCCUUUACCAGUGCCAUCUGCCACCCUCUCAUCUAUGGACUCUGGAACAAGACUGUCCGUAAGGAGCUCCUGGGCAUGUGCUUUGGGGACCGUUAUUACCGGGAACCAUUUGUGCAGCGACAGAGGACCUCCAGGCUCUUCAGCAUUUCCAACAGGAUCACAGACUUGGGCCUGUCCCCACACCUCACGGCUCUCAUGGCAGGCGGACAGUCCCUGGGACACAGCAGCAGCACUGGAGACACGGGCUUCAGCUACUCCCAGGACUCAGGGACAGACGUGAUGCUGCUGGAAGACUGUGCUUCUGACGACAACCCUGCCCCCCACUGCACGUGCCCACCUAAGAGAAGGAGCUCCGUGACAUUUGAGGACGAAGUAGAACAGAUCAAAGAGGCUGCCAAGAACUCUGUUCUUCAUGUGAAGGCUGAAGUACACAAAUCCUUGGACAGUUACGCAGCCAGCUUGGCUAAAGCCAUCGAGGCUGAAGCCAAAAUCAACUUAUUUGGGGAGGAGGCUUUGCCAGGGGUCUUGUUCACAGCUCGGACCGUCCCAGGGGCUAGCUUCGGGGGGCGCCGAGGCAGCAGGACUCUUUUGAAUCAGAGGCUGCCCCUGCAGAGCAUUGAGGAAGGGGGCAUCUUAGCUGCAGAACAGAGAUGAAGGCCUCCGAGGGAACUGGGGCCGCCGUGGGGCUACCGGUACCGGUGUCUGUGCCGAGGCCCUGGAAGACGUCACCCCUCACGGAGGGCCAGACGCUGGGAAGGAAACAUGGGGUGUGCAGCCAGAAGGACCGAAAGUUCUGACUUCAGUGUCUGCUGUGAAAGCACAAGUGGGCACCUUCAGGGUCCUUGGGAUGGAACGAGGCUUCCAAAGCACACUGAAAAAGCAGAUGGAGAUGUGGCUGCUGUUUCGGGGGGACUAGAGACCAGGGGUUGAAAGGGAAGCCACCAUGUGGAUCAUGUGUUCACCAGCACCCUGCUGGUCUAAGUGCCCGUGGUCUCAGAAGCAGUCCCUACUCUGUGCACCUCGUGGGAUGCGAGACCAUCUGGGGUUCUGUGUGGUUGGUCCAGGCAGCAUGGGCCCACAUGUACUAGACUAAACACGAGACAGUCCAGGGAGCACUCAGGAGUAGAGCACCAUACACAGACACCCCAUAUCUACUGUCCUAAUUAGGAUUUGGCCUUUGGUGGCACCUGCUGCUGGCUUGUAAGAGCAGGCCACAGGCCAUCCAAGAUGGGGCCAGCCCACCCACCUCUUUGUUGACAGAUGUUUUAGUAUUUGAAAAGGAGGAGGAAACCACUAUAAAAGACAAGGGUGAGUACCAGGCAUUUCAUUUCCCAAAUUAAAAAAACCAGGAGAUGAGGGCGCAUCACUAAGACUGGGGCUGUGAUGUCACGUACAGCAGGGAAGAAUCUGGGGGGCAGUCCCUCACACAGAUGUGAGAGGUGCUUGAGUGACUGACAAACGUAGUUGGCCUCAAUUCCCAGGAGCAAUUGUGACCGUCACUGCAGCUUUGGGGUGGGCACAAGGUAGAAAGGGCACUGGAGCUGAGUUCACAGCCUGGGUUCUUGGCCCAGCUUGGUCUUUGCGUAUCAUCCGGAACAUCCUGUCCUGUCACUAGGCCAUUUGGAGAAAUGGGAGCGAGGAGGGAGGAGUUGGAACGAGUAAUCUCCAAGAUAAUUUCCAGCUCUGAUCUUUGAUGUCUUCGGAAUUUGUAAUUUAAGAGAUGGGAACAAACUGAACAUGACCAGUGGAUGAACCAGCAUUUGUAUACUUUUGAGUGUUUACCCAGUGAACACACAGAGAGCUCUCUGCACACUCUGGCUGUGUGUCUUUGUACCACUUGGCUGUUUAGGGCAGUCCUAAAUGCCCACUACUGAGACCUGGGUAUGAAGAGGGUGCCACAGCUGAAGCAAAGGUGGGGGAGCAGGUGGGAUAACUUUGGGUGCUUGCUGUGGUGGUCAGGAAGACAGCCUUCCCUGCUGCUCUUAAGUCUGGGUGCUUCGAUAAGCUAGGCUCAGGGCUCUUCACUUCACAGAGCAAAGGAAGACUCCAAAGCCUUUGCCAUGUCUGCAUGUCACAUCCAGAGUGAAUUACUUUUCCAGUGUGUUCUGUGGGCUGCCUGGCUCCUGGUGUGGCAGUAUCUUUUUCCUGUGGCUCCUGGGCUGCAGCUCACUGAAGACAUUUGUCUUCUUGUCUACUCCAAGAGAGCUGUGCAGGGGAUUGGCAGGGUUUUGGAUGGAAUGGCAGGGGGCCGAGGACAGGUACUGCUCACGCUCCUGGCAGCAUUUCUGUUCUCUUUCUGUUAUCUUUUUCUAGUACUUGUCCGGUGUCUGGAGGGACUGUAUUCCUGAUUAACCAGUAUGCACACAAGUGGAACAUGGCACAGGCCUUGCCCUCUAGGGAUGGGUUGCCAGCCAGUUAGUGCAGUAGAUUGGCUUAAGAACCAAGGGUCAGGGAGGUCUUUCUCCAUUACCCUGGUCUAGGCUUUAUGGAAAGGACGCUGAGGCCUCCGAGUACUACUGGCCGAUCCCCGAUUCACUGGCAUACAGGGAGAGACAUCUAAACUGACCUAGAAAACUGAAUUUUCAGUGUUUUCAAUGGAAACCCAUGCCUUUUAAUGGAGUGAGGCUUACUCAUCUACCCAGCAUGCAGGCCUAUACAGCACCUCAUUGAGCACUGGGGCAGUAACACCAGUGUUUACCGAGAGAGAGAGAGAGAGAGAGAGAGAGAGAGAGAGAGAG